AUGAAGACGAGCGGCCCGACGGAGAUGGAGGUAAGGUACACGCAAGACCAGGCCGGGGUCGAUUCAAACGGGCACACCAUCAGCUUCCGCGGUUUCAUCCAUGCCCAACUGCCGCGAAGGAAGAAGAAGGCGCUGACGCCUCCCAACGAGCCAGCGAGGCUGGCAAGCAAACAAACACCAGGUAUCCGGGCCCUCUUCAGCAUGAGCUCUGGACCAAUCAAGCAGGCAAGGUUGGCGGUUGCGGCCUGUUUACCCACGGGCGGCGCAGAUGAGGAGGUUACAUUGGACGGUCAUUCAGUGAGGCCAUGUUGGUCUUCGAUGGCCGGUGAGCAGGGGGCCGUCGUCCAAUGGCGAAAGCAGCCGUCGCUCUCAUCUGCCCUACAGCAUGGCUACGGGAGGGUGUCGAACACUUUGGGAUUUCCUGUCUCGUGCGUGUUGGUUCUGAGGCCAGCCAACGGUAGCAUCGAUGAUCUUCAUGCAGUGAGGGGAGAGAGGGUGAACAUGAACAUGGAAGAAAAUGAGAGGGCACUGGCCGAUCGCCAGGAGCCGAUGAAUCAUGGCCGACGUACCCGAGAUUUGUUUCUCCUGCCAUGGGCUGCCAUGGCAGGUGCAGUGCAACAAACUGUGUGCGCACGCCCGCACCGCACAGCAGGCAACUGCAGGCUGCAUGAUGCGGCCGCCCUCACACCAAGACACCCUCGAAAGAUGGCGGCGGAAGACGACAGCAAGGAGAUGAACCAACGGCCGGUGGGCGUUGGUUUUGGCAGUUGGGGCGACGGGGAACCUGGGACGGGAAAGUCUGAACUCUGA